AUGUUCGACGACCAGCGCUUCAUGUCCCACAUCGUCCACCUGGAUAUGGUGGCUUUGCCUGCAGCACGCCAGCUGGGCGGCGGGCUGGUGAAGUACGAGCUUCAUGAUGCGGGGCCGGAGAGCAGAGGCCUCGUGGUGCUCUUCCACGGGAAGCAGCGGAACCUCCGCGAAGGCGCGCGGCCCUUGGUGGAGGCCUACUGCCGGCUCAAGCUCUCGGUGUGCGUGAUUGACUAUCGGCAGAGGUUCUCUCAGUUCUGCGUGGACGCGAGCGUGGUGCUCGAGGAGUUGCUGGGGCAGCAGGAGAGCUGCCGGUGCUGUUGCACGGUGCGGGCUGCGGGGGGGUCCACGCGCUGCACGUGGCCAUCGCCAGUCACUCCUACCCCGCGCAGGUGGCAAGGAGUCUGA